UGUCUGCAGAGUGAGUCGUUUGCAAGUUUGUUUUGUUUUAAAAACCGAUGUAUUUAUGAGAAAAUUUAGAAAUACCACCAGCCGUAUAGUACCGAAUUUAAAUUUAUUUAACACUGCGAAUAGCAAUAAGAAUGAAGAACCGAUAGACGAGAGACUACGAGCCGAACAGUUUUCGUUGAUGAAGACUGUUCGGCAUGGAUUUCCUCACAAACCCACCUGCCUUUCCUACGAUCCUUUGCAGAAGUUGCUGGCGAUCGGUACAGCUAAAGGCUGUAUAAACUUUUAUGGUCAGCCUGGAGUUCAAUGUACUGUCACACAUGAUAAGAAAGUCGCUGUUCAGAAGCUGUUGUUUUUAAUUAAUGAGGGUGCUUUGGUCAGUGUCUGUUCUGAUGACUCACUUCAUUUAUGGAAUCUACGCCACAGAAAACCAGCAAUUGUUCAUUCCCUUCAUUUUAACUACAAACGUGACAGCAUAGCAAGUGUGAGUUUUUCAUUUCAAAGCAAGUGGAUUUAUUUGGGAACAAAGGCUGGCAAUGUUCAUGUUGUAAAUAUUGAAUCAUUUCAACUAUCUGGCUACACUAUUCACUGGAAUAAAGCUAUUGAAAGGUCCCAGAGGGAGCACCCUGGUCCUCUUUAUGAUAUCUGUGAAAACCCUCAAGAUGAAAGCAAGUUAUUGCUUGGUUACGAGUCGGGUUUGAUUGUGUUGUGGGAUUUAAAGGGCAAAGUUGUUGAUCAGCGUUUUCAAUCUCCACAGAAAUCGUUCCGCAGUGCCUGUUGGUUCAACGAUGGCAAACAAUUUGUCUCAAGUCACGAAGACGGCAGUCUGGCCGUGUGGAAUAUAAAAAAUACUCAAAAACCAGUGGAGAUGUUCACCCCGCACGCACACGGAAAAACCAAGGGUGAUGGAUCGCAAACGACCGUGUGCUCGCCUAUCAAUAAAGUUUGUUUGGUCAGGGAUUCGUGUUUCCUGUUUUCUGGCGGUCUGAGCUAUGGCAGCAAAUUCAAAGGUUUAACGAUUAUGGAGGGAAAAACGAAGAAGCUUUUACAUACAAAACCCAUUGUGGAUUUCGUCCCGAUCACGGCCACCCCUUGGGAAAGCGACGAAGAAGCUGCCCUUGGGAUUAUCGUUCUUCUACAAACUGAGUUGAUUGUUUAUGAUCUGAGCAACCCCGCUGUUAGCCACAUGUCGACAUUUGAAAUCCCGUACGAGUUUUCCCUGCACGAAUCACCCGUGACCUUUACGGAUUACGUCGGACAAUGUCGACAAUCUUUACUUGAAGAUCUUCACGCCACAGGAUCGAAAUACAGAAAAAUAUAUUCUGAGGAUUGGCCCAUCAAUGGCGGCACAUUGGGAGAAAAUGUUGACAAUAAUUCAAUUGACCUCAUCAUCACAGGGCAUGCGGAUGGUUCAGUGAAGUUUUGGGAUGCGUCCUCAGGGAUGUUCACCCUUUCGGCAAAGCUCUCCACUCACAAAUACUUUCACAAGCGAAAGAGGGCAUCGCGAACAGACAGCACUGGAAGCAAGGAAAGCACUUCAGAUGAAUUUUACGAAGAAGAUUACGAUUUUCUUAGAAUCCAAAUGGUACAACUCUGCGUCCACAGUCGCACUUUGGCGGUUGUAAACGCUGCGAACCACGUCUUGUAUUUUACCUUUGAUACCAACGAAAAGACUAUGGAAUUAAUCAUGUUACCCAUCGAAAUUACAACCUCAGAAAAACCUAUCGACCCGGAAGCCAAAAAUUCUCCAGAAUCCAGCGAGGACGUUUUGGAACGAAGCCAGGACCCUGCGGGUGCAUCGGAGGAUAUUGAGGACACCAAAGAGACUCAAGAGGAUAAUAAGACAAGUGAAGACAAACCCGCCCCAGUCUCCCCGGUAAAUCAGUGCUUAUGGCGUCCCAGAUUGGGGGCGAAUAAGCGACCCCCCGGAUUUCAAGGGCAGCUUUGUUGCACUUGUGAGAUCACCGGGGAUAUCGUACCCUUGUGUUACCUUACUAUGAGUUCCGCCUUUGGAAUAUUGGCGUUCGGUAGUGUUAAUUUCCUGGUUCUGGUCGACACAGUCCAAAAUAAGUUAAUCUCAACAUUCUAUCCAUCUGAUCUAAUCGUUGCAAAGAUCCCCUCUACCCCUAGCACACCCAUUACCCCACGCACUCCGGGCGGUGUCCCCCCCGAAGUGGAAUCCCCCGUCAGCAAGAAACAACGAGAUUACAAAUCCACUCGUCGACGAGCGACCCGGACGAAGUCCAAACCUCUUGAACCUUUGGGUGAAAAUGAAGUCACGAAUACAGACGGUCUUCAGAGUUUGCUAAGUAUGGACAGACCGAACGAGAAUAUUUUGUGUCUAACUUGCGCCUAUACAUUUACAAAGAAGGGAGAGCAUCUCGUUGGUCCGUGUCUGUGGGUCGGAACAAGCCUUGGAAAUGUUGUGCUAUUUGCAGCCAGUUUUCCCCCGGCUGGACAACAGAGACAGACACAGCCUGUACUAACUUUCAAUACAGGACUCGUGUUCGCACACAAAGGCGAGGUGGACAGUAUUUCGGUCUUGGAUAAAGAUGGUCACCUAUUUUCAUCACCAUCUUACUUUUGGAGCAGUGCAGGCAUACCAGACGUACCUUGUACAGCGGUUUCGUCCAACGACAGUGACGAACGGCAUUUUCUCGUCGUAUGCACCGACAAAGAAGCCGAGGUUCAUUGCCUUCCGUCACAUAAGCAGUUCUCAAAGAAAGAUCUCACGGAGCACAAAUCCGUUCUUAAAUCGGACGUUAUCUCAAUUGAAGGCAACAGCUGUUUGGUUUGCUUGUGUGAAAGCAGUCAUCUAUUGGCUUUUAGCUUACCCAGUCUUACGCCUCUACUGACGACACAAAUGGACUUCCCUGCUCAGCCUGCCCAGUUUCUCCGUUCAUUUAAGUUCGGCUGCGACGGGCAAGCUUUGUAUCUUCAUUCCAGCACAGAACUGCAACUGCUAUCGAUUUUUACAAAAACAGGGUUAAAUUUUCCAGAUUUCUCCGGCACCUUGUUUACGGUUGUAUCCGUCCCAGAGCGACCCAGUAGAGGUUUUUUCGCGUCGCUUCUAAAUCUGGGUCAUUCAGAUUUGGACAGGGAGAGAUUAUUUGGCAGCGAAAGUGGCAAAGCAUCCCAGUCGCUGGCGACUAGAGUGCCCGGAAAGGGGACUGAGGACAUUCAGGCGAGAUCUGGUGGUGUCGGUGAUAUAAUGGCGAGGAAUAUGGAGAGCCUUAACGAACGAGGUGAAAAGUUAGAGGUACUGGAGGACAGAACAAGGCAGAUGAGAGAUCAAGCUCAGCAAUAUUCAAAGAACGCCCAUGCCCUGGCUCAAAAAUUCAAAGAGAAAAAAUGGUACCAGUAGAAUUGUAGUUUGACCUAGGUUGCGUUAUGCGUCCUACACCGUGCAAAACAAAUAUCGAUCCGAUUUGGGGGGUCGUAAAACGGCACUCUUGUUGGAUAAUUGCACUCUAGGUGAAUAUCCUAGUUUUAGCACAUUCCCCGUUGCAGAGGGUGACAGUCAGGGGGGAAGUUCGUCAAUAUGUAAAAUAUAUAGACAAUGGUCCAUGCUCGCUCUUAGGAAUUUAAACCAGACAAUAGUUUCGACACCCAUAUUUGUACAUGGUAAAUUUUUAACUCAUCGCUGACGUUAAAAUUUUUGCCUCGAAGAAAUGUACAUAGAGACAGGCUUAGAAAAUCUCUGUUCUGAACACCGAAUUUAACUGUUUUUAAGGCGGAAAUUUGAAAAAAAUAGCCAAAAUAUGCUGAUACAAUUUAUUUUGGAUUUGGAUUCUUCACGUGAUGUAGCAAAUUUCGUUCGAAAGUUGAAAUGUUCGUUUCAAAGUUUACAAUGAUACAACUUAUCCAAUCAAAUUGGGCAUGUUACGAAUCGAAGCGCAUCAUGAUUGGAUAAUUCCGCCAACUUGGAAUUCGUAAUUUCUACGUCCAGAAAUUCGGAACAAAAUUUCCAAAUCGGCGAUAUGAUGAGGAAAGGAAUUGACUCAUUUUAAACAUACGCCAAACUUUUCUAGAACUCGACUGCUUGUUGUUUUCUGAGGCUUUUAUUGUGAAAAAUAGCUUCGCUUAUAGACGUCUGAAAUAAUUGUAGGCCAUAGAUGCAAUCAAAUUUGAAGCAUAAAAAAGUGUUGUCAUUUUAUAGUUUCUUUAUCAGUGCAGUCAAAAACUGCAAAAUCUUUAAAGCCGUUCGGCUUUGCUCUAGUUCAAUUUUUUUAGUUUUACUGAUACCCGUGAUGGGCAAAAAUCCAGCUACCAAAUACUGUUUUAAAACGAAGUAGGUCAAUUUUGCUAAGUUUCAUGUGGCUCUGUCUCGAAUAGCACUUUUCCGAUGCUUUUAAACUAAAAUACUAGCCCAAUUUUGUAUGUGUGUCCAGUUUUAUACAUUGCGGUCAGUGACGCACUUCACUACUUUACCACAUAUCACUGACCCUAAUGUAUGAAACUGGACUACCAAGGAGCUAAUUCUGCCUUCCUUAAUCGGUCAAGGCAAAAGAUAAUCCCACGUUACAGCAAUAGAAGCACAUGUUAGAAUAAGUAAGGUUGUUCGCAAGAUUUUGAAAAUUUUAAAAAACUAGCCCUGCAAAUUUUGUAACUAUUUAUGGGGCUGUUUACAUGAGCCCGGUUACCCGAGAUUCCGAAGCGUGAGAUGAUUUUGAGGUAUUGAAAUGAGCAGAU